AGCUCAUUACGUAUUUAAUCUGCGACAAGAGCAGAGCACAACAUUAGCUUUAAACGGACAAAUAAAAUAGCAACAGCGUGUUUAAACAGAUUAGUUGUCUUCUGAAGUUUUUUUUCCCCGAGUAAAUAAUCUCAAUUUGAAUCUCAGAGAUGUCUCUAGCAGACGAGCUCCUGGCUGACCUGGAGGAGGCUGCAGAUGAAGGAGAAGAAGGAUUGUAUCCAGAUGAGGAGGAGGGAGACAGUGAUGGAGAGGGGAUCCAGGGAAGGACACAGGCAGGGCUGGAAGACAUUCCAGAGGAGAUGGAGGUGGACUACAGUAAAGCUGAAAGCGUUGCGUCCAUCGCCAAGCUUCGCAACAGCAAGCAGUUUUCAGACAUCAUGGACAAAAUUUCAGAAUAUGUGGGAAAGCAACGCAAAAAUUCAGACGUCUCUGGUCCUGUUGAGGCUGAUCCAGAAUACAGGCUGAUCGUAGCGGCCAACAACCUUACUGUGGAGAUCGACAACGAGCUCAACAUCAUUCACAAGUUUACAAGAGACAAAUACUCCAAGAGGUUUCCUGAGCUCGAGUCUUUGGUGCCAGAUGCUUUAGAUUACAUUCGCACAGUCAAGGAACUGGGAAACAAUCUGGAUAAAUGUAAAAACAAUGAGACCCUGCAGCAAAUCCUGACCAAUGCAACUAUUAUGGUUGUCAGUGUCACCGCAUCGACCACACAGGGGUGUUUGCUGAGCGAGGACGAGCUGAAGCAGCUGGAGGAGGCUUGUGACAUGGCACUGGAGCUGAAUCAGUCUAAGCACAGGAUUUACGAGUACGUCGAGUCAAGAAUGUCUUUUAUAGCCCCGAACCUGUCCAUCAUUGUCGGAGCAUCGACCGCUGCGAAGAUUAUGGGUAUCGCUGGUGGUCUCACCAACCUCUCAAAGAUGCCAGCUUGUAACCUGAUGCUGCUGGGAGCUCAGAGGAGAACCCUGUCUGGCUUCAGCAGCACGUCCCUGCUCCCUCACACCGGUUUUAUCUACCACUGUGAUGUCGUACAGUCGCUGCCGCCUGACCUGAGAAGGAAGGCUGCUCGGCUAGUGGCUGCAAAAUGCACCCUGGCAUCUCGAGUGGACAGCUUUCACGAGAGUUCAGAUGGAAAGGUUGGCUAUGAUCUAAAAGAAGAGAUAGAGAGAAAGUUUGAUAAGUGGCAGGAGCCUCCACCUGUGAAGCAGGUCAAACCGCUGCCGGCACCGCUGGAUGGGCAGAGGAAGAAGAGAGGAGGAAGAAGGUAUCGAAAGAUGAAAGAGCGCCUGGGGCUGACAGAAAUCAGGAAACAUGCCAACAGAAUGACCUUUGCAGAGAUUGAAGAUGACGCCUAUCAGGAGGAUCUGGGCUUCAGUCUGGGUCAGCUGGGCAAGAGCGGCAGCGGCAGAGUCCGGCAGGCUCAAGUCAACGAGGCCACCAAGGCUAGGAUCUCCAAGUCGCUGCAGAGGACGUUACAGAAGCAGAGCAUGACCUAUGGCGGAAAAUCCACAGUGAGAGACCGUUCCUCGGGAACCAGCUCCAGCGUCGCUUUCACUCCGCUCCAGGGCCUGGAGAUUGUGAACCCGCAGGCUGCAGAGAAGAAGGUGGCUGAAGCCAACCAGAAAUAUUUCUCCAACAUGGCGGAGUUCCUCAAAGUCAAAAAGGAUGCUAAGAUGUGAACGUGUUCAGUGAUGACAUCAUCAUGUACAUUAAAUUAGCCCCUAUUGUGCUUCGCUUUUAUUUUAUUUUUUUACCAUUUUCUUCAUGUGAAUAAACCACAGAAACCCCAAA